UGGUUUUGGGGAUCGCAUCCUAGUUUUGCUUUUGCGGCGGGCGGCGGGCGGCGGGCGGCGGCCGGCGGGGAGGACGAGAGGAGUAAUGGCCGGGGAGGAGACGGCGACGUCGGGCUCCAAGCCGCCGGCGGGGGCGGGGCCAACCAUCCGCCUCGUCAACUUCAUCUCCGAGGACCAGCUUGACGAGGCGAAGCGGACGAGAGGGGAGAGAGCGGACGACGGCACUGCCCAGCGCGACAAGCCGCUCUUCCAGAUCCUGCAGGAGAACAAGGACAAGAAGGAUGCCGAGUUCAACGAGCGCUUCAAGCAUAGACCUCCAAAAGCCUUGGAUGAAGAUGAAAUGGAGUUUCUCGACAAACUUGCAUCAUCAAGGAAGGAAUAUGAACAGCAGGUGGCUAAUGAAGAAGCUGAACAACUCCGCAGUUUCCAUGAGGCAGUCGCUGCCCAGUCCAAUAUUAUCCAUGAAGUUGAGGCUCCUACAGUCUCGAGACCAGAGGAGACCAAGCCUAAGGCAAAGAGGAACCAACCUUCACUCUUGAAAAAUGUAAUAAUUUCCGUAAAACCACAAGCAAAGAAAGCAAAGGUAGAUUUGGAAGAUAAGCCUGCUCCGAAGGAGCUUCCUUCAAAUGGGCAUAGUGCAGAUAACAAGCCGCCAGAUGAAACCAAGGGCGUGCUUGGUUCUCUGGUGCAAUAUGAUGAUGACGAUGAUAGCGACGAUGAGGAUGUAUGACAACUGUUCUGAGACCGAUUAGUUCAUGGAUUUCAGACGCCUACCAGUAUCGGGGCAACAGCCUGUGAGGUUUGGUUGUCUAGAUGCGGGCAUAACAUUUUUCUCUUGUAGCCCUUGUGCAUUGAUAUUCAUGAUACUUUCUUGUAGUGUAUGGAUUUGUUGUCACUGGUGAUGAGGAUUUGAUAACAAAGACAAUACUAAUGCACGAACACGCUACGGCAAAUGUUGUGGCCCCACCUGUAACUUUUU